AAUCCCACAAUGCGUUGGUCAAAUUUACAAUUCUUUCUUACAUUUUGCGUGACUUGUUCGGCAAUGGCGUCCCAAAACAUGCGAGCUGUGUUAUACGAGCCCGGUGGACCUGAGAAAAUGUGGAUCGGUGAAGUCCCAAGACCUAAUCUACGGCCAAAUGAAUUGUUACUUCGCGUAUACUACUCGGCUUUGAACCGAGCAGAUACCUUGCAAAGGAAAGGGGGCUACCCUCCUCCACCAGGGGAAUCUGAAAUCCUUGGAGUUGAAGUGUCCGGCGUUGUAGAAGAACUGCAUUCAACUUGUAAACUGAACUGGAGAAAGGGAGAUAGAGUAAUGGCAUUGGUCCCAGGAGGUGGAUAUGCAGAUUACGUAACAGUUCAUGAAGCACAUGCAAUGGCGGUACCAGAAUCAUUUUCUUUGUCAAAUGCUGCUGCAAUUCCAGAAGUAUGGCUAACUUCUUAUCAACUUUUGCACUUUAUUGGCAAAGUCCAAUCAGGAGAUAAUGUCCUGAUACAUGCAGGGGGUAGUGGUGUUGGGACGUCGUUAGUACAGCUUACAAGGCUAGCUGGUGCCAUUCCUUAUGUGACUGCAGGAAGCGAGUCAAAAAUUCAGAAUGCUGUGGCUUUGGGUGCCGAAGCAGGUUUUAAUUACAAAACUGGCGAUUUUUCAGAGUGGAUUCUUGAGAAAACACAAGACAAAGGAGUUAAUGUCAUCACAGACUGUGUUGGUGGGUCUUACUGGGAAAAAAAUGCCAAAAGUAUAGCAAGGGAUGGUCACUGGGUUUUGUAUGGACUCCUUGGUGGUGGGAGUGUUGAUGGUGCUAUUCUAUCAACACUGUUGAAGAAAAGGGUUUCUAUAACAGGAACAACUCUUCGAACCAGAUCAAUUGAGUACAAAGCAGAGCUUGUUGCUGCUCUAGCAAAAGACGUUCUUCCCUACUUUAGUACAGGUAAACUAAAGCCCAUUGUGGACAGCAUAUUUCCAAUGGAGAAGAUUACCGAUGCACACAAGAAGAUGGAGAGUAACACUAACAUUGGAAAAAUUGUUGUGGAAAUCCGGUCAGAGGGUGACAAAAAGUCAGAACUCUAGCUGAAUCGCGUUUGAAUCRCUGUUUUUCAAUCAUUUUCUUGCRUUGCAAAAAAAACAAAAACAAAAGAUAGGCAGUCAUUUUGAUGGCAUGAGACAGCUGAGCAAUCAUAGGUCAAAGUGCUGUCAACAUGACUAUUAUUUAUUUCAUUUUUUCUUUUAUUUCAAUAUACCUUACUGGCUAGCACAUUACCUUACCUGAGGAACCUUUCCACUGUGGAAAUAAAUAAGAAAUGUUAUCAUUUAGUAUAGAAAUGAUAUUGAAAAUAAACGAACAAUACUACACUC